UGGCAUUCUCAGCCUGCACGGCUAGUGGGACACGCUCCAAUGACCCAAUACAAAGCAACGAACAAAGUUCAAUUCGAGGAACAGUUAUUCCUGUCACAUUGUCGUCUUCCUUCAAACUCUUUCUAAGAGCAACAAUGGAACGGAAACUUCCGAUCUAGAAGUCUUCUUCGAAUGUUAAAAGUUUCUAAUAAUGUUACGUUCAGAUAAGAAGUCAGUUAAACAUGGCGCAGUAAAUAAUGUCCGGCUCCUUUCUUUCAAUCACUCAAAUGGAGAUUCUUCAGCGUCAUCGCUAAACAACCCGUGUAAUGGCCGCUUUCAAGGCAAUCACUCGACUCAGAGUUCUCCUAAAAAGGAAAUUAUUGGGCCCACUGGUACUGUUCGUGGAUACAAGAAUAUGAUCAAAGAACGGAGAGAGAUUUUAGGACUUUGUUUUGUUGGAGAGAGUUUUGAGGUACGAAGUCAACUCAAAGCAAUUUGCGUGUAAUUUAUUAUUCAUGCGAACAGUUAUAUCCGUGUACACAAGAAAUGCUUAACGUUGCGUAUUUACAUUUUGACAUUUCUUUUUAAUAUUUUCAGGAAAGCGAGGAAGGAAAGAUAGUAGUGUAUACGACCUCGAUGGGAGGAAUUCGAUCAACGGUGAAAGAGUGUGCGUACAUCAGGAAAUUAUUUGACAAUCUAGGAUUAAAAGUGGAUGAGCGCGACAUAUUUAUGCACAAAGACUAUCAGUGUCAGCUAGACACGCGGUUAGCGAUUCAAAAUGCCACCGUUCCUCAUGUAUUUGUGAACGGAGUUUCUUUGGGGGUAAGCAACAGCUUCCCUAUCUUUCACGAGGUUAUGUAAAUUGUUGUUCACUCGACUUUAUGAAUUCUUUUUUUUAAAUAUCGCGGGAACGUUCUGCUCCAUUCAGUCAUUGUUCAGUUCAUCACAAAUAUCUGAAUGCUGAGGUUAGUUUUAUGCUAUCACUUGAGGCCUUGACUCUUUGUGCCCUAAAUGUCAAGGACAAAGUGUUUGAAUGUCCUCUUUGAAGUCUCUCACUCAUAUACCGUCGUUCUUGUCGAAAAAUGGAUCUUGCAAAUGCUAUGCUCGCCAUAACAUAAAUGCACUCUCUAAUAAUUUGAACUUAAAAUUCAAAUUGACAAGUUCGCGUUUAAAGAGCCCAACCAAAGUAAUGCGGAAACCGGACCUUUUUACUACCGUCGAAAAAGCGCUUCUCAUAGUGACCAGGAUACUCUGUCAAGGUGACCUUUCUUUCGUGUCUUUUUUUUAAAAGGGUGUUGGAGAACUUGAACAUCUAAACGAAACUGGGAAACUUAAGAAUUUACUUGAAAACUUUGAGGUAAGUCAUUUGAUUUCAUGAGACGGAUUACAGUCUGAACGGACUGGAUGUUUUUUCGAGAGCGUCUUAACCAUGUGUUGUAAGCCGUAUGUGGCCAAAAACGUCCUCCAUUAACCGAGCACAGAAAGCCUCUAAGAAAUAUAAUUCUCACUAAUCCAACUCAACUCAGUCGGGCUAAGACGAUUUAAUGAAACGUUACUUGUUGCAAGCGGGUGAAACUUGAGUCACUGACAUACAAGGGUUGGGUCAGAUUUUGCCGCCAUCUCUAGUCUGGGCGAUAAGAGAAAGAGCUGGUGAUUUCCUUUCCCAAAAGAGUGGUAUGCUAUCGAGCGGACUGUGUCACAAAUGAAUUCGGCUAGGUUGGUGUCAAAGCAGAAUUAUCGCAACCAUGACUUGACCAAAAGCCAAAAUUUAUUGGCCUUUGUAAGGAGUCAGAGAUUAUAAACAGGUUAUAUUCUAUUGUAAGUUAUAAAAGCGUAUUUACUUUUAGAUAGAAUUCCUGAUAACUAAACAUAGGAUAACUAAGGGAUUUCACAAUAGUUGGGACAGAGAAAGAUUUUUGUAAUAUUCUCUUUUAAUUUUUCUCCAGAGGAGGAAUAGCGGUGUAUGCCCCAUUUGCGGCGGGUUUCGAUAUAUCAACUGCACUCAGUGUCACGGAAGUAAAAGAUCAAGAAAAACAAGGAUUUCAAGAGAGAUCAAUGUCUUACGGUGUACUUCUUGCAAUGAAAAUGGUCUUCAACCCUGCUCAGAGUGUACAUAAUAACCACGAACUUUCCAGGGACAAGUGAAAGAACUUCUUUUGGUAAAAUUGGGUACCCUCUGGUGUGUUGUCGAGUACUAGGCGGGAACUAAGAAGAGCCUGUUAUUGAAGUGGCAAGAUAACUUUCUACGUUAUAUACAAAUGGAACCUAGGUUCUGCUUUGGAUGAGAAAUACUUCUCCUUAAUUUAUUUAAAAACGUAAGGUAAUGAUGAACAGUUGUGGAACUUUAUGUGGUUCCUAAAUUCAUAUUUUACGGGGUUCUGGGUGCUAACACCUUGACGAACAUCCCAAGCACCAGGAAAUCAGGUGUCUGCAGCGCUAAUACAUGUAAAGAACAUAAGAGGAAAUUUUCAUCGAAUUGAACGAAACAAAACUUUUGUUUCCCAACAAAUGGAUCUACACUGCUUACUUGGGUUUAUUCCAAAUCCUAAAGCGAGAGUGGCACGACAUUUGUCGCGCGGCAGUUUUUUACCAAGCUCUUAGUAAUUUAAGUGGAUCAGCUAAAUAGGGAAUAAUUGAUCACAAUUAUUAUUUGACGAAAUGUGAGUGAUGUGCAUGUAAUUAAAAACUUGAAGGCGCGCCAGAGAGGAAUAAUUACUUCUAAGUAUCUCAAAAUUUAAUGAAAUUUUAAGGAUACUAUGGCCUGGAAACAUGGCCCAAGCGGGAAACUUUUCGAGUCCAUGUAUGUUUUUUUCCUUUUUUUUUCGCUUUUUGGGUGCUUAAAGAGGUUCAUGUAAGCAAGAGGGCAUUCAGGCGAGUGCAGGGGAAUGUCCCCUGUAAAAAUGUUAACUGCCAGGAUAUGCAUUUAAAAGUUAUAAAUGAAACGAAACGUCUGAUUGCAAUAAUCCAACGUCGUUUGCUUUGUAUGGACAUGAGAUUUAAACCUUUUAUACCAGAAAUCUCACGAUCCAAUCUACAAUUCAAACGUUUUCAAUCAAAUACCUCAUUUUAAACCAUGUCGAGAGCUGCUUGGAGACAAGGUGUAUGGAGCUAAAAAUUGCUCGCUCAAAAUCUUUACAUUCUCUUUUCGUGGAACGCAGUAGUAAUGCGGACUUGAGCAAGAUUUCAUGUGAACGUGGACGGACGAUCGGCCAAUCGAUGUUGGUCUUCUUGAGACACCAAUCUAGCCACCCCGCAGUAUGACAGUAGUAAUAGGAACAGGGAUAGGGACAACCAUACGUUGGUUGUUGAAAGCACGGCAAUCGUCGCGUUGGCUGGUCGACUGAGAGUAACUGAAUUAAAACGACUAGCUAUACAGUAACAGUUCAAGUUUAUUAAAUGGCUAUCAACAAAGAAGUUACGAUAAAGGUUUUAAAGAAUCUUUUAACUCCUUUACUCAUAAGAGAGACAAGUAUCUAAUUUCUCCUCACAGUAAUACUGCUAGGUAAUUUACUAAGAUCACGAGACUAAAGGAAAUGAUAACCAACCCGAGAAGCUGUGAUUGUUGAACAGAUUCUCUUUGUCAGUAACAGAGGAAAUGUGUCGAGAAUAGUAUAGAAAAUAUAGAUGCUGAUGUCAGGGUGUCAAAUCAAUCUGGAUACAAAACGAUACAUGAAGCUUCUGGCCUCUUAUUGCUCAGCUAUGUUGAGGUCUAUAACAGAUGGGGAAACAAGAAUCGAACUUUUCUCACGGUCUUUGAUUACUAGUAGUUACAUAUCGAUUAUGGC